GUCGAUUCUUUCAAAGCUCUACACAAUUCACUUCCUCUCUUAGCUCUUUCAAAAUAUUCAAUUUGCUUCAAACAAAAUUACUACAAUGGCUGGGAAAAUGAGCAUUGUCUUGUUUGUUCUUUUGGUGGUUUUUCUGACCCAAAAUCAGGUUUCAAGGGCAAACAUUAUGCUUGAUGAGCAGCAGCAACAACAGAGAAAUAACCAACUGUAUGGUGUUAGUCAGGGAAGCCUCCAUCCUCAAGAUUGUCUACCAAAAUGCACGUAUCGGUGCUCAAAGACAUCACAUAAGAAGCCGUGUAUGUUUUUCUGCCAGAAAUGUUGUGCAAAGUGUCUGUGUGUUCCUGCUGGUACCUAUGGCAAUAAGCAAAGUUGCCCUUGCUACAAUAACUGGAAGACCCAGGGAGGUGGCCCAAAGUGCCCAUGAUCAUCCAUAUUGUAUUGUGUAACUGCAGACACCCAACUUCUGUCAAAUCUAGUAGUAUUAAUUAACUAAUCAACACUUGGUUCAAGUGUCGUAUUAGCUAGUAAAUGAUCAAAUUAUUAGGGCCCAAUCAUAUAGAAGAAGAUUGUGCUAGCCAAAAGUACUAUAGCAUGGCUAUAAUUAUGCAGCCUUUUAUGUUAUUUUAUUAUGAUUAUAUUUUAAGUGAUAUUUAUUGAUGUACCUUCUUCUGUACAAGUAUUAACAUGUAUUUUGAAGUCAUUUAAUCCAAGGCCAAUUUUGUGUUGUUUUUUUUUAUACUA